AUGUCUGCUCCUUCGGCUCCCCCAAUCUUGGACUUCUCUUCGUUUUACACUGGCGACAGCGACGCAAAGUCCAAAUUGAUCGAGGAAGUUCGCAAAUGCUGCCACUACAAUGGCUUUUUCCAGAUCACCGGCCACCGUGUGUCGGCGGAUCUGCAGCGGCGCGUGAUGGAGUGCUCAAAACGCUUUUUUGAUUUACCGCUGGACGAGAAAUUGCAGAUCGACAAAAAUCGCAACUCCUUCAACAGAGGCUACGAACUCCUCCGGUCGCAAAUGUUGGAGGUGGGCACCGGCCCCGAGCUCAAGGAGGGUCUGUACAUUGGAGAGGAAAUACCUGAAGACCAUCCAUACUUCUUGGAAAAGAAGCUGAACAGCGGUCCGAAUCAGUGGCCACAAACCGUUUCAGACAAGAACGAGUUCCAGGAGACAACAAUGGAAUACUACCACGCAGUAUUCGAGUUGGCCAAAGAUGUCUUGGGUGUUCUUGCUCAGACAUUGGGGGUCGAGUCGACCUUUUUCGAGCCCCUCACCGAUGGGGCCGUCGCCACAAUGAGAUAUCUGCAUUAUCCAGCCCAGCCAGAGGAUACGGACGAGAAGCUCAACCGGGGAAUCGGAGCUCAUACCGACUUUGGAUGCAUCACUCUCCUGCUACAGGAUGAAGUGGAUGGGCUUCAAGUCUUGGACGCGCCGACGGGCCAAUGGCUUGAUGUCAAGCCAGUUCCAGGUGCCUACGUCGUGAAUCUGGGUAACCUCUUCAUGCGCAUGGCAAACGACAAGUACAAAUCGAACACCCAUCGUGUGAUCAACAAGUCAGGCCGCGAAAGAUACUCAAUCCCCUUCUUCUUCAGCGGAAACCCCGAUUACGUUUGCGAGUGUCUACCAAACUGCCGUGAGGAGGGGGAGUCGGCCAAGUAUGGUCCCAUUACGGUGCAGGACAUGGUGACGGCUUCUUACAAGGAGAGCUAUGGGCGGGCCGAGAGCUACAAAAAGGAGAUGAAGUCUACGAAGCCAGAUCUUCUGUCUGCCACUCCUAUAGUUGCUGCUGUUAGUGCAUAG